AUGACUUCCUUCACCUAUGAUGGAACGGAGGAAUCAUUGUCCGAUUCUGGUGGUGGUGGUGGUGGUGGUGGUGAAGACAACAACGGUACAACGAUUCCGGAAGACAUUGAACAACUUGUGAUUGAUGCGUCCGUGAACAGUCUUCCCUCUCGACUCUGCUUUCAACGUUACCGGUUGCAGCAAGUCAUCUUCAGUGCAGACUCGAAAUUGACUACAAUUGGAGCUGAAUCAUUUGUAGGAUGCUAUGUCCUCCGAGAAAUGGCGAUACCGCCAUCGGUAAAAGUCAUCGAAGAAAGUGUCUUUACCUACGCGAAUCGCUUGACGGAGGUGGUAUUAUCCGAGGGAUUGCUCACCAUAGGAAAGGGUGCAUUUUCCUGCUCCGGCCUUAAAUCAAUCACUAUACCCUCUACAGUCAAUUCGAUUGGAGAGCUUGCUUUUACCGAGUGCGCAUCACUGACAACGGUAGUCCUGAAAGAGGGCUUGCUCCGGAUUGAAAAAUCUGCCUUUGAAACUUGUCAAACCUUGCAGACGAUCAAUAUUCCGUCUACUGUCGAGUUUAUUGACGAAUCGGCAUUCUCAGGAUGUUAUUCCUUGGCCGAAUGUUCUCUGAUACCAGAGUCGUCCGCCUUGCAGAAGAUUUCACGCCAGCUCUUUGUUUCCUGCGUGGCCCUGAGAAAAAUUCAGAUCCCCCAUUCGGUUGGAACCAUUGGAGACCGGGCAUUCCAGGAGUGCUCUGGACUCUUGGAAGUGGAUCUACCAGUUGGAUUACGCUUGCUUGGCAUCCAUACUUUCUAUGGCUGCUCUUCUCUACAACGAAUCAAGAUUCCUGAUACCGUUGUGACCAUGGGACGCUUUGUAUUUGCAAGGUGUCUAGCAUUAACUGAAGUUCAGCUGUCCAAAGGCCUCAAAGAGAUUCGUGAGGGCACCUUUCUCGAGUGUCGAGCCUUGUCCAGAAUUGAUAUCCCUUCUUCGGUAGUGGUCAUUGGUCCAUCCACCUUUGAUUGCUGCGAUUCGUUGGAGGAGGUGAAUCUACCAGACGGUCUGACUACCAUUGGGGAGAAUGCCUUUGCCUACUGCCGUUCCUUGGAGAGAAUCCACAUUCCCAAGACCGUCACAGAGGUGGAACAAAAGGCAUUCUUCGAGUGUACCUCGUUGAGGGAAGUCAAUCCCUUGGAGAGAUUGCAAGAGAUUGGACCAGAAGUUUUCAAAAACUGCCAUGCAUUGCAACGGAUUCAAAUGGCGUCCUCGGAUCUCGUCCAAGUGAUUGAAAAAUACACUUUUGGAUCUUGCAAGCAAUUGGUAGAAGCUACUUUACCAGAAGGUCUGAAGGAAAUUGCAAGCUACUGUUUCUUUCAAUGCACUUUGCUACAGGAAAUGGAACUACCUACAACCGUAGAGACCAUUGGGGCCUGCGCCUUUAUGAAUUGCAAGAGCUUACGACAUGUUGCUUUGCCCAACGGAAUCACCAUUAUUGAUACCAAAGCCUUUUCACAGUGUCAGGCUUUACUCCGAGUCAAGAUUCCUCCCAGCGUCGAGACCAUUCGAUCAGCUACCUUUUCCAGAUGUUCUUCGUUGGUACAAGUGGAUCUGUGUCGUGGAUUGAAGAGAAUUGAAGCCAGCGCCUUUUCUCGCUGUUCUUCUUUGGUGCGGAUUGAGAUACCGUCCACUGUGACGUCAAUUAAAAAGUUUGCCUUCUUGCAGUGCAAAGCGUUGGUAUCCUUUGUGAUACCAAACGAUACUGUCGAGUUUGCGUUUGCCUUGGACAAUGAGUUGGUAUCUGUGACGAGACCAAACGAAUCAGUGGCCAAGAUUGGCCAUGGCGCCUUUCAAAAGGCUCCAUGCCUCGUCAAUAUUGAGUUCCCACCUUCCAUGAAUGGAAAAAUCAAAGACGACUGCUUGCAAGGUUGUGACAUGUUGGAGGCCGAAUACGGUCCCAACCCAGUACACCAAGUGUCUGGUCGGUUUGAUGGAUAUCCAGUCCAUAGGAAAUGCUACCAUUGUUCUGUUACUACUGCCGAUGAUUUGCGUCAAGCGAUUGCGGCAUCCAGUCGAAAAUGGGAUGGUAGCAGCCGAAAGCAACUUUGUGACUUGUUUGGCAUGACGCCAUUUCAUGUAUUGUUGUCAUCGGUGGGUCCCAAUCGCGAUUUGUUGUCUGUGCUAUGCGAGGAAUAUCCUGGAUAUGCCCUUGGGUGGAAGGACAAGCUUGGCAAUCGCGCGUUGGAUUAUUUGAUUGGCAAUUGGGGGGCAACCUCGUCCAAAUCGUUGAUCCAGUGCGCUCUCCAAAAGUGGACCAUGGAUCGACUUGCGAGUUGGAAUCGAGAAUCUGCCAUGGUGCAAAUGUCAAGUCAAAUGAAUCUCAUUGAAACCGAAAAUGAUAUGGAACGCAGAGACCGCUUGUUACAAGAUUUGUUUGUCGUCAUGGAAGGGCAUGAACGGGUCGAAGCAAUUUCCGUGCUGGAACUCUGGUUGUGGAAAAUGGGAUUAUUGGCGUCCACCAUGGGCACAAAUGAUGAUUCGAAACAGUUGCCACCAAUGGAUCGAGAGAGUUGUCGCGCGAAAUGUGGGGUAUCCUUUGUGGUGCCCAAUGUCGUCGAUUUCUUAUUGGGUCAUGGUCAAAUUUCGACGACGACAACGACAUGA